CUCUCCGUACCCAAAGAGCUCCCACGCCGGACUCGGACUGGCUCUCAGCAAGCUCUCCGACCGUUCAGCACGACUGGGGCCUUGCUUCUCUCCAAGAACCGAGUACUGGAUGCGUUCCGAACCCCUCCUCAAUUCCACGACGCCCUUCGUCUCUGCUCUGCCAACAACACCCUCCUCCUUGCCCUGUUCACGACGUCUACGUGUACUCCAUGCCGCACCAUUACGCCGCUGAUCACUUCACUCGUCGAAACGCGGCCUCCCUCGCCGACAGAUAAGUUUUCCGGUCUGGCUUUCGCGGAGGUGGAGUUGGACAGUCCGGACAGGAGCAGUGGAAAUAUGCUGGAUCUGGGCGUGGAGUACGGAGUGACCAGUAUGCCGACUUUGAUGGGCUUUGGGGGUAGGAGGGCGGAAAGAGUGACGGACAGAGUGGUAGAUACGAGGUUGAUGAGUGAUCCGAAGAGUGUAGCUGCUUGGCUUGACGAGCAGAUGAGGAAAGGGGAUCCGUUUUCGAGUCAAGGAGGUGGAGGAGGACUACUGGGA